CUGUGACGCACACUCAUCAUGCUGUUGAAUUCAGUAUGGAUGCUGUUUAGUACACUGCUACCCACCACUGUUACAAAUACCACCGAUUGACCUAAAAUGAUCAUCAGUGAGCCUUAUUUUUGUUUCUGUCUGACAGAGUGAGGUGAAAAUCAAGAUGACUGAAAAUGGGGAUUUCUGUCCUCACUUGGACACUAUUGGUGAAGUUACCAAGGAGGAACUGAUUCAGAAAUCAAAGGGCACAUGUCAGUCAUGUGGAGUAGGUGGACCCAACCUCUGGGCAUGUCUACAGUGUGACUGUCACUAUUUGGGCUGCGGAGAAUCAUUUUCUGAUCACAGUACUAUACACGCACAGGCCAGAAAACACAAUCUGACAGUAAACUUGACCACAUUCAGGGUGUGGUGUUAUUUCUGUGAGAGGGAGGUGUUUCUGGAACCAAAGCCUGUUACUCCUGUAUCAUUAGCUCACUGCUGCAAACCACAUGAACAGGAUCCUCUUCCCCAGACAACAUGUUAUCCGUUAAAAGCAGUGCCUAUCGCAGUGGCAGAUGAGGAAGGCUCAGAAUCUGAGGAGGAUGAGCUCAAGCCUAGAGGUCUCACUGGGAUGAAGAACAUUGGGAACUCUUGUUACAUGAAUGCUGCACUGCAGGCCUUGUCCAACUGUCCUCCUUUGACUCAGUUUUUCCUGGAUUGUAGUGGGUUGGUCCAUACGGAUAAGAAGCCAGCGUUGUGUAAAAGCUAUCAGAAGCUUAUCUCUGAGCUCUGGCACAAGAAACGGCCAAGUUAUGUUGUGCCCACUAGUCUGUUUCAUGGAAUCAAACUGGUGAACCCCAUGUUUCGUGGCUACGCUCAACAGGACACUCAGGAGUUUUUGCGAUGUCUCAUGGACCAACUUCACGAGGAGCUGAAGGAGCCUUUGACCGGCUGCAGCGGUGCUAUCUCAGAUGUCCUGCCUGACCACAACCUUGACAACCAUAAUCAUGUCGAUGGAGACCGAAGCCCCUGUGAGGAGGAGUUCCUGUCAUGUGACUCUGGAUCAGGAAGCGAGAGAGGAGAUGGAGAGAGGGCAGGAGGAGAAGCAGAGCUGCUCAUCCAAGACGAAUGUGUGGGAGUAAGAGGAAUUGGAGCAAUCUCGGAGAAAGAGAGGCUGAAGGAGAGAAGAGGAGAAGAGAGGACACGGGAAAUGGAUGAGGAUGCUGAUGUGGACACGGCGGCACAAGAGGGACAGGCAGAGAGAGAAACAGAGGCAACAACUGCAACCACAACUGUGCUGGCACCAGGAAAUGAAGAACCUGAUAAUGAAGCUUCCAUGCAGUGUCCGUCCUCUCGCCCCUGUAGCCCCACUCGCAGUGUGUUAGAACUCCACUCCAGACUCUCCAGCAGCCCACCUAGAUCCAGCCCCCUCAGAGCUGGACCCACUUACACAUUCAACAGAGCUCAAAUGCUCCUGAGCACCAAGAAGAAGAAGCAGUCCCGUUUCCGCAGUGUUAUUUCAGAUAUCUUUGAUGGAUCCAUUCUGAGUCUUGUUCAGUGUUUGACAUGUGACCGGAGGGUGGCGUUUAUGACGUGUACUGCAGCCAGCCACCAGGGGGCGAUCAAAGAGCCCGCAGCUUCACUUUUCAGGACGUGUGAGGCACACCUGGUUUCAACAACUGUGGAGACCUUUCAGGACCUGUCUUUGCCUAUUCCGGGUAAAGAGGAUUUGGCCAAACUCCAUUCCUCCAUCCACCAGAGUGCUCCUGUUAAAGCUGGAGUCUGCACGGAUGCCUAUGUCACCCAGGGCUGGAUCUCCUACAUCAUGGAGUCUAUACGAAAGUUUGUAGUGUCUUGUAUUCCGAGUUGGUUUUGGGGCCCAAUGGUAACGCUGGAGGACUGCCUGGCAGCCUUCUUCGCUGCUGAUGAGCUGAAAGGAGACAACAUGUACAGCUGUGAACGAUGUAAAAAAUUGAGAAAUGGUGUGAAAUAUUGUAAAGUUCUGCGUCUGCCAGAAAUAUUGUGCAUUCACCUGAAGCGUUUCAGACAUGAAGUCAUGUACUCGUUCAAGAUAAACAGCCACGUGUCAUUCCCGUUGGAGGGUUUGGAUCUCAAGCCCUUCUUGGCUAAGGAGAGCCCGUCUCAGAUAACUACUUAUGACCUGCUGUCUGUCAUCUGUCAUCACGGCACUGCUGGGAGUGGUCACUAUAUAGCGUACUGUCAGAACGUGAUCAACGGACAGUGGUACGAGUUUGACGAUCAGUAUGUAACAGAAGUGCAUGAGACAGUAGUGCAGAACGCUGAAGCGUAUGUUCUCUUCUACAGGAAGAGCAGUGAAGAAUCUGUGACAGAGAGACAGAAGGUUGUCGCUUUGGCUAAUUUAAAGGAGCCCAGUCUGCUGCACUUCUACAUCUCCAGAGAAUGGCUCAACAAGUUCAACACAUUCACUGAGCCUGGACCCAUCACCAACCACACGUUCCUCUGUCAGCAUGGAGGAAUCCCUCCUACAAAGUACCAUUAUGUGGACGAUCUGAUUGUGAUCCUUCCCCAAAAUGUGUGGGAAUAUCUUUACAAUAGGUUUGGGGGAGGCCCAGCUGUGAAUCACUUAUACGUGUGUGCCAUCUGCCAAGUAGAGCUGGAGACUUUAGCCAAACGGCGGAAACUGGAGAUAGACACCUUCAUCAAGUUAAACAAGGAGUUUCAAGCUGAAGAAGCUCCUACGGUCAUCCUGUGUAUCAGCAUGCAGUGGUUUAGAGAAUGGGAGAACUUUGUCAAAGGCAAAGACAAUGAUCCACCAGGCCCCAUUGACAACAGCAAGAUUGCAGUAAUGAAAAGCGGACAUAUCCAGCUUAAACAAGGCGCAGACUAUGGGCAGAUUUCUGAAGAAACAUGGCAGUACUUGUUAACUAUUUAUGGCGGUGGGCCAGAGAUUGCAGUACGGCAAACCAUCAGCCCCCCAGACAAUGACACACACGGUGAAAGGAAGAUAGAGGCAGAGACCCGAGCCCUCUGAAAUGGUAAUGAAGACCCAUGUGUGGAUGACCGUUACAAACUGUGCUUACAUUUUUGUCUCACAAGCACUUUGUGAGCAUUUCUGUGGAUCUGCUAAUCUGACAGAGCUCUCCUUGUGUAGGGUCUUGUUUAUGAAGUGAAUAAAUCUGUUAGCAGACACACACAUAAAACAUAUUUAACAUUCACAAACAAGCUUCAUUCAUGCGUGCUGGUGAUAUGCUUGUUUCUGUUGUCAGUGGGACUAAAGGUGGUGAUGUAAGCCUUUUAUCAGUAGCGCAGAGGUGAAUACAUAAUGCAUCACGCAGGAAACUUUCAAAAGAGCUCUUUGCUGACGUCUACCUAGGCAAAAUAAUGCUUGAACUUAGUUCCUGCAUGUUUAAAGAAGCUUUCCAUGCCACCCAGAUCCACUAUAUCACAAUGAAAUCAAGCAUGUCGACACUUUUGCAAUGAAUCAAUGCAAUGAAUCAGUGAAUCAUAAUGGUGGGGAAGGAUUAAACGGUUUCACUAUUUCACAUCAAAGUGAGUUCUGUUUUAAGUUCCGAGUCACUUCUUACCUCUGUGAUUAAUGAAAACCAUUUCCGAUUUCUGAUUCAUCUUAAGUAGCAACAGGCUGUGACGUGAUAGGUGGCUUUACCUUUUCAUGUUGAUGAUAAAAGUUUUUUUUAAUCUAGGACUGUUUACUCAAAUGCUACUGAAAUUUGACUAUCAUCAUACAUUAUAAGAUCAUAUUUAAUAUUAUAAGCUCAGGAUGUGGUUUUUUCCUGCCAUUAAAUAUUACAUUUUGUUUUAAUGCACUUUACAGUCCUCUGUUUUGGCAUAGCUUCAUGCUCUGGGCCAAUUAAAGGAAGUGAAUCUUUCCUGGAUAUCCCCAUUUCAGUGCCCCAACUCUGACACAGGGUUGUGCAAGCUACUAUAUUUGUUCAGUAUUAAAUGGUCAUCAAAAUUUUCUCCAUUUCCUCAGACUGGCAAAAACAUAACUACUUCCUAAAAUGCUUGAUGUACUGUCUGUUAAAAGCUGCAUCAUGUAUUUGUUACAAUGUUAAUGAUGCAGUACCACAGCCCCAAAUGAAACUAACGUAACUAAAAUACAAUUCACUGCAAUGAGGUGUAUCAGAUGGGUUACAAAAUGUUAAUAGAAUGCUGUUAUACUAGUUUUAAGUAUGAAAAAAUGUAACAGUUUUUAUUUAUGAAAUUUAUGAAUGUCUUCUUUUCUCAUAAGCAGGUCAGAAUUGUGCAGAAUUGCUGAGCUGUGUAAAGGACAACGUGGUCUGUUACAUAUUUUGUUGCAGGAACUUAAAAUUCCUAGGUAACUUCUGAUGUAAUGUUUUUUUUUUUUUUUUUACCUAAGCGAUUUAAAUGUUAAGAUUUGACAAAUAGAAAUAAAGCCUGUUCUUUCUC